AUGGUUAAAGUUAAAAGAAGUAAAAAUAUUAAUGUCAAUGAUGGUCAUGAUGAUAGAUUUGAAAUUAUAGAUUUCACAGUUGCAUCGGAAUGGGAAAAGUUGAUAUCGAAACUAGAGAGUCUAAUCAAGAAAUGUAGAGCAUCGAAGCAAUCAUCAUCCGAUGACUCUGUUACCUAUCAUUCACACACCUAUCAAUUCAUCUAUGUUGUACCAUCUACAUCAUCACAAUUAAAUAAUGCAUUUAUGAAUCCAAAGAAUGAUUUCGAGAUAUUCCCAAAUACAAGUGGAUCUACAACUUCAAGAAGAAUGCAUCAGCAAGAGAACUUCUUUCAUUGGUUCGGUGUACAAGAGUAUUUUGUAUUGUUAGCACUAAAGGAUACAGGUCCUGAGAUAUCAGAGUUAUCGACAAUGCUAUCGGCAUUUACCAUUGCUUUACACAAUGAAAAUUGUUAUAUACCAGGAUUUGUUGGAUUUGAUGAGAAGAGAUUAGAGAACUUUUUAGGUUAUAUGUUUAUGCCUAUAAAGAGAAACGGUGACGAUCAUUUCAUUGUUAAACUUGCAACUGAAUCGAUCUCUACCAAUACUCUUAAUGCUCAUCAGAAUAUCGCUGAAUCUAUUGAGAAGCAACUAAAGAUAUUCUAUUCAAAAUUAACAACUGAACCAGACGACAGAAAUUGGGAUCAAUUCUUAUCGCUUUCGACCAUAUCAUCAAAGUAUACCUAUAUUAGAAAUGAUUGGAAUGAGAAUGAGUGGAGAUAUAUCGAUGAUGAGACACCAUCCGUUCAGUUAACCGCUUCUGGAAACACAAUUGAUAAUCAACAACAACAGCAACAACAACAUAAAUCAGUUUCAGACGACAGCGACGAUGAAGAUGAUAUAAGAUCACCGAAAGUAUUAGAAAGUGAUUUAUUUAGAUGGGGAUAUCCAAUGGAUCCAAUUGAACAGUUACAAUUAUGCGUUAUGUAUCCACCUUUGGCUAGUAUUCAUGUAUUAGAGAAUCAGCUUGAGAAUAUUCAAACAAAGAGUUGGUUUAUUAAGGCUGUUUUUAGAAAGUCACAUGGCUCGCUGUUCCAGUUGUCACUCGGAAUCAUGAACGUAUUUAAUACAAUGAUCGAAUCAUUAAAGUCAGAGUCAAUCUAUCAGGUUCUCACAGAUUACAAUAUAAAGAAUAGAUAUACAUUAUCUAAUAACUCUGCACAUAUGUCUGGCGAUCAAUCAUCAACUAGUUUAUCACCUCAAUCAACAUCAUCAUCUUUAAGAUAUAGUAAUGAACAACAACAACUACAUGAUAAUAACAACAACAAUAAUAAUAAUAACAACAACAUUCAAAGUAAUAGUAGUAAUCCAAGUUUAAUUAGAACGGUUGGUUCAUUAACAAAGUCAUUGGCAUCAUCGCUGAAUGCACCACUGAUUCCAACCGAACGUGAAAUCGAUUUGGUAUUGAGAGAUCUCUUCUUUGAGAAGCGAGACAUCAACGAUCCAAAGCGUUUCAAUAAUAUUCCAGAGGAUAUAUUAAAUGCACAACCAUUACCAAAAAGUACAUUUGUAAAAAGAGCACCAGUUGAUUCAUUAUUCUUUUCAUUUUGUUUUGUUUGUCUUAAUCUACAGAGUUUGGUAGGAGUAUUGGUGUUUUGGUCAGAGUUUGUAGAGGAGAUUAAAUGGCAUUGGGAACAUUCACUUCCAAUCCCAAGAACAUUCAAUUCUGAUCAGAUUAAUAUGAAUCACACUUUGGUCUAUCAAAAAAUGCAAAUGAUCAAUUAUUGUAUUUCAAGAAAAGUUAAACAAAGAAGAUAUGGAAAGAAAAAAGAAGAAUCACCAAAGACUACAUAUAAAGCUCAGCAAAAUGAAGGUUGGGAUGAUGGUGAUUUAGAUUUAGAUCAUAUUCCAGAUCCAGAAAGUGAAGUUAAUAAUAAUAAUAACAAUAAUAAUAGUGAUGAUGAUACUACUCCACCUCAACAGGUAUUGAAAGGUCAAUAUCUUUUGUAUCACGAUCGUGAGAUUGUUAUUCCGGAAACACAGGAUAUCGGUCCGAUGACAGAUGACAUGGUGAACGAGCAACUCGAGGAACUGAUACAGUUGGGUGACACACCGGAAGCCAAUGAGCUGAGAAUGAAGAAACAGACACCGUCGUUGCUCUCUGACAUGCAGUCGUUCAAAUACGCCAACAAGGGCUGUGUAUUUGAGGAUUUCGUACGUUGGCACUCGAAGCGCGAUUGGAUAGCGACAAAGGAGGAGGAUAGCAAUCAGAGUGUCGCUACACCACCUUUGGACCCGGUGGUCGAGGGCAUCGUUGACGAGUUUGGUAUUAUCGAGGGUGGCGAUGUAGGUGACGAUGAAUCCAACGGUAGAACGCGUGGUGUUGGUUUCGGAAGAGACGGAUAUCUCAGUUCGAGAAUGACACGUCAGAACCUCUGGCGAAAGACAUGGAAAGAAGCCGUUGCAUUGCCAAUCGAAGAACAACCGCCACUCUUUGAUUAUAUCAAACAAGCAGAGCGAGCCAUUAGCUACCUCGAGAAUAUUCAUCCAUCAGAGUUGAUCCAUCAAAUCAUUUCGGUGCUGCUCACUUCCAUUCUCACAAUAUUCACCAAUGAGAAAUCGACUUCACGUCUACCACCAGAAUAUUGUCUAGGUAUGAAUCCAAAGUAUACGAAACCACUCAUCGAUAGGUAUUUCGAUACAAUGAAUCAACUUUGGCCAACCAAUACUCCAAAUGAAAUUAAAAAGAGUGAUUUCGAACCAUUAUUUAAGAGUAUACAAGAUAUUGAAAAUAAUGUAUCUAAAUUAACAUCUUUAAAGUCAAAGUUUAAACAUUUAGAUAGAGUAAUUUCACAACUUUAUACAAAUGGAUUCAGUGAUGUUAAACCAAAUGAAUUCCAAUUGAUCAAUGAUUUGAUAUUCGGAGAGUACGAUGAUGCGACAACAGUCAAACCUCAUGCCAGAGAAUAUAUCACAAGAAGCUAUGCACCAAGACCAUUUAGAGAUUCACAAACUAUGCCACAUAGAAUGUACACUUGUCUGUCACAGUAUGAAUGCCGUGUUUCUACUGUAAUCUCUGAAGAAGAUCAAAGUUAA